AUGAAACGUGGAGAGCAAGCAACGAAAUUUUCCCAAGAAAAUUUCAUUUUUGUUGAUCUUCUUCUAAAUAAUGUCACAGUAUUUGAGAGUUGGAAAGAAAGAGAUGGAAAUUCAACAUUUCAGCCAUCACCAUCCUUUGUCUUCAUCCAAGAUCACAGUGUUGCAGCUCUUUGCCUUGAGUGUGAGAAACCUGUAGAGGGCUGGAGCUACGGCUGCAAUCAAUGUGACUUUUAUCUUCAUAAGGGAUGUGCUGAGUUAGAGUUAGCCCCCCAGAUUCAGCAUCCGUUCCACCCCAAACACCCUCUCACUCUUUUGCCAAAAUCACCUUAUCCUUCGGUGUGCGAUUUGUGUGAUAAGAGAUUUGAGGGAUUUGUUUAUAAUUGUUAUGAUUGUACGUUCGAUCUGCACAUCAAUUGUGCUUUGCUUCAAUCAUCCAUUGCUGCAAAUUUUCCUAAUUCUUUGCACCCCCAUCCAUUGUUCUUCAUUCAAAAUCAUAACAAUGAAGUCGAGCCUCAUUGCUCCGGAUGUCAGAAACCAAUAUCUGGUCCAAUGUACCACUGUUCAGAUUCAGAUUGCACAUAUCCUAGACUUUUUAACCUUCAUAAGGAAUGUGCUGAACUACCCCUUGAGAUUAAUCACCCCUACGAUCGUAAGCAUCCUCUUACUCUCUUGCCACAACCACCUACUCAUCCCCAGAAAUGUAGUUGCUCUUUGUGCAGAAUCCGAUGGAAGGGUUGA